GCGUAUUGUUGCUGUUUCCGGGGAAAUUAGAAUUUCGUAUUAGUAUGAACUGAUCACCAAAACGAAACAAGAUGAAUGUUGGCGUGGCAACAAGUGAGGCGAAUCCAAACAGCUCGUACUUCAACAGUAAGGGCAUGUGGUUAACGUACGUCAUUCUGAUAGGACUCGUCCAUUUUGUGCUGUUGAGUUUCCCGUUCUUUACUGUUCAGGUUGCGUGGACAAUGACCAAUGUAGUUCACAACGUGAUGAUGUUUUUCAUGUUCCACAUCGAGAAAGGCACACCGUUCGAGACAGCUGACCAGGGCAAGAGCCGUGGGUUGACAAACUGGGAGCAGUUCGAUCACGGCGAAUAUUAUAGCGAUACAAAAAAAUUUCUCACCAUUGUACCCAUUGUUUUAUUUUUCCUCGCCAGUUUUUAUACCAAGUACGACCCCGUACAUUUCAUGAUCAACGCCCUGACGUUGGUCGUCUUGGCGCUCAUACCCAAGUUACCACAGCUUUACAAGAAACGGCUCUUCGGAAUUAACAAGUACUGAACGCCAAAGACGGACUUAGUGAUGGGAUCGCGUAUUGUCCAUUGGAUCCGUAUCUGACUGCUACAGCGAUAGGAUUUAAAUUUGCAAGAAUCUUUGGUAAACUUUUGGGAUGUGGGGAUCGUUUUCAGUUAUACUUGAAACAUAAGUUGCGCAAGGGACUUUACUUAUGAACUACAAGUGCGGUUACUUAUUGUUACUCUUGAUUUUGAACGAGUUUUUGUUAAAUUUUUGGGAUUUUGGGAUCUUUUUUAGUUAUACUUGAAACAUAAGUUGCGCAAGGGACGUUACUUAUGAACUACAAGUGCGGUUACUUAUCAUAGAUCAUUGGUGGCAUUGGUGGAGUUGUGUUUUGGACAGGUACAGCUGAUGGUUUGACCUUGGAUAUCCGUCAAGGUCACCGUGGGAACUCUCGCAUGUUAUAAAAGGACAAAAAUUAUUAAAGCAUGCAGUUGCACAGCUGUUGUUUGGGGUGCCAGUUGAACUGUGUACUCGACUAUAGCUGUUACCCUGAUAAGUAAGGUGCCUACUUCACAUAAAAGUUCCCGCAAAAAUGGUUGCUCCGAAACCAGAUGUAUUGACAUCAGCAACCAAAAUAUCAUUUCAACUGCUAAAAAUGUUAGUUCUUAACUUGUCUCCCAGGUGGCAGGACUGAAUAAAAGAUUUGGCCACCUAGGAUGUAAGUUGUGAACUAAAAAAACUGUUCUUUGGCUUGGAUAUUCUGAUUGUUAAAGUCUGUACAUCUGGCACUGACCCCCCCUUGGUACGUAUUUACAUUAUUGAUGGCCCCUUAGUCUGAUAAUGUUGACGGAGAAAAAAAUGAUAAUCUGUCCUUCUUCUGCUCAAAGUUUGUUGUUUAAGAAUUGACACUGCAUUGACGGGUCUCUCUGCUGUCCUUAUGUCCAGAUCUUUAGGGUGGAUCUAAAAUGUGCUUUUGCCGAUGGUCUCGAUUGCGAUACAGAGACACUGAUGCAGAGCGGUGUUAAUUUCAGUUCUACUGCACAUAAAAUUUAAUGAGUUGUCCGCACAAUUUGUACUAAAAACUGUUUGGCCAUGGCUACAUUCCAUCGUAUUCAUCAUGGCACGUGCGAAUCUAUCAAAACGCUGCCGCCAAAAUGAGGCACCGUGUAUAAAACAUGCUGACAACUGCUGCAUUGCAAAUGAGUUUGGCGAGAAUACAUCGCCAUCAUUACAUUGACGUGAGCUCUUAAUUUGUGGAAAGGAACAGAUCGAUUUGGUCUUGAUGCUCCUUAAUGAAUUGUUGUGGCUAACUUGUGACUCUUUUCUAUUUUAUGAUUUCGACACAAAUUCUUAUGGAAUUUCAGGUGAUUCACCAAAGUCGGCUUAAGUGUAUAGAUGUAUGUACAGUAUGAUAUUCUACUGUAAGCCACAACAUUUUUGUGAACAUUUUUUUGUGCGGAUUUGGCCAAGAAAAACAAGAAUGGCAACAAAAAACCCCAAUAGUUGUUUCUAUUGGAACAUCUUUCAUGAUCCACCAAAAUAAAAAUCAUGAAAAUUAAAUUUUUCAUAAAUCUUUUCGAAUAACAUAACUAAAGAGGCACAAAUAUGUGUCUGUUUACAGUUAUUUUGAUGGAUUUAAUUGCACUCUUUGGCUUCUGUAUUUUUAAUAAUAUUCCAGAUGUAUGUGUAAUAACGGUUAGGUUCAGAAUUAUACACAGGGCGAUUCAAGAAAGUGUCCUCCAUUAUGUUAAGGCAAAAUUGGAUCAUGAAGUGCUAUUCUGGGUUUGGAAACUUUUUGAAUAAAACUAGUCAGCCUGUAUGAUGAAAAUGUAGGGCAUCUUUUUUAGAACGCCCAGUAUAUUAGAUAUUUGACUUUUCCUCAAGAGGUGUUUCUCAUUCAUGUCGAUGUUGUGUGUGUAUCAUGAAUUAUUUUGUAAAACCGACUUAUAGUUGAACCUCUCUAUUAGUAUUAAGGACACCCUCGGGACUGACAAAUACUGUCCCUUAUAGAGAGGUGUCCUGAUUACAGAGGUCGAUUUAAAUGGAAACACCCAAUUUGGGACCAAAUUAAGUGUCCUUAAUAGAGAGGGUGUCCUUAAUAGAGAGGUGUCCGCUAUGUGUUUGUUUGUUUCUAAGCAGAUUAUCCGGACAUAGGUGAAAGUGUUUAGUGCAGGUAAACAGUAAACAGAAAGAAAGGCAUUACAGUAGAUCCUCCCUGACAAAUGAUGUGUUUAAUAAAGAGGUGUCCUGACUACAUGGGUUAAAUUGAAUAGAAAUGGCCAAUUGGGGAUCAAAGUCUAUGUCCUCAUUAGAGAGGUUAUCUGUUAAGGGAGGUUUUACUGUAUUUACAUAUGAUAUUGUUGGUCACAUUUCUGUCUUUCUUAGUACUUAAACUAAAGAAAUGUGAUUGUGAAGACGUGUACCGGCAGAGCCCACAAAGUUGGUAAUUUCUGCAGAAUGCUAGAAUUAUCUUAUAAAUAGUCAAUACUUUCUCAUAGCAGUUGUGAGCAAGAAAAAUCAUCAAUAACUCACUCGAGAAAGUCUCAGCUCUGCGGAGCACAGGGCUUCCGAUUGGUCACAACUAGUCACAAUACAGAACGUCUCAAAUUAUUGCUGCUUGGGAAGGUGGUCAAUGCAGGGACGCAGCUUGCUGUUUGGUUGGGGGGAAAAUGACUCUUUUUGAAAUUUUCGGACUUCUGUGGGUGUUUUACUUCUUUCAAUUUCGCGAAUAACAUAAGAUUUGCAAAAAUGAAAAAAGAUACAAUAUAUGCGGGGAAACGCCGCCGAAAUAAAAAUCACAAACGUUAAAUUUUUUGCAGAAAGGUUUGUGAAUUCUUUUCUAAAUUCACCCAAUUUGGAUUCUGUCUCUCAGUGAGGCUGUUAUGUAGUCAGUGUACAAUGCCAUUGUAAAUAAGACAUAUAAAUAAUAAACACCAUUAUUCUAUA